UUUUUCAUAAUAAUUGAUCGGACGGUAAAAUUCGAUUUACGCGCGGUGUAAUAAAAAAAAAUAUAUUUAAAAUCGAAAAAAAAUAUAAACGAAAACAGAAGUCUAAAUAUUUAAAAUAAUAAUAUGGCAAAAUUAAUGAUUGUAUUAUUCGCAAUAAUAAGUUGCACUCUGGCUUUACCCUAUGGAGGAGGAAAAUCAAAUAAAAUAGAAGGACAAGCUGGGCAUAGCUUUGGUUCUGGAUCGGGAUCUGGUGGUGGUGGUGGGGGUCAUGGAUCUACCGGAGGUUUUGGAGGAAAUGAUCUUGAAAGUGGAAAUGGAGGUUUCGGACCUGGUUCAUCUGGUCCUGUUAAAGGUUUUUCAGGACCAGGUGGUAGUAGCGGUUCUCACGGAUCAGGAGUAGGUCAUAGUUCCGGUGGUUUUGGUGGAUCUGGAGGUUUUGGUGGAUCUAGAGGUUUUGGUGGACCAGGAAGCUCUGGUGGUCCAGGAGGAAACUUUGGAGGAUCAUCUCAUGGAGGACCAGGUAGUGGUCCAGGAUCUCAUGGUAGUGGUAGCUUUGGUGGUUCAUCCCACGGGGGAUCAAGUGGUGGUAGCUCAGGCUUUGGUGGUUCAGGUGGAAGACCAGGUGGUUUUGGUGGAGUUGGCACUGGCUCUGGAGGUCAUAGCGGUUUCGGUAGUCAAAGCGGUCCUGGUAGUCACGGCGGUCCUGGAGGUUUGGGCGGUUCUGGUAGCCAUAGCGGUCCUGGUAGUCACAGCGGUCCUGGCGGUUUUGGUGGCCCUGGUAGCCACAGUGGUCCUGGUGGUUUUGGCGGUUCUGGAUCAAGUGGACUUGGUGGUCAAAGCGGUUCUGGCGGUCAUGGUGGUUUUAGCGGCGGUUCUGGUUUUGGAGGUCCAGGAUCAGGACCCCACGGAGGCUCUGCAGGUGUUGGCGCACAUUCACGUCAACCGAGCUUUGGUGGAAGUGCUGGAUUUGGUGGACCCGGAUUUGGUGGAAAUCCUGGCUCUGGAUCUUUCCCUAAUCAUGGUGCUGGUGGUUUUGGUAGUCCUGCUGGUAGUUAUGGUGGUCCUGUUGCUUUCCCCGGACCUCAUAGUGGCGGUUCCACUUACGGUGGCGGUUAUAAAAAGCAUGGAUAUUAGUAAUUUAAAAGAUAUUUUAGUGUACUUAAUUUAAAAUUAUUACGUUAAUAAUAUUGGAUAGAAAAAAAAAAUUUAAACUAUGUUUGUUUCAAUGUUUUAGUGGUAUUCUUAAUAAAUAUACAUCCUCAUCAAUGAAAAUUUUUGGUUUGAA